AUGGUCGACACACUAGAGCAGAACUAUGUCCUCGAUGAGAGCGACGCGGGAUCCGUCACUGGUUCCGACGAUGGAGCCGUCAGUAUACAAGGCGAGCCUGAACAUCUGAAUGAAGCAUCAGCAAGUCAUACAACAACGCCUAAGCAAACUUCACAGGAAAGCAAGGACGAAGCUGCACGAAAGGAGGACAAGAAACGCAAACGCAAGGAGAAAGAAAAGGCUCGAAAGCAAAAGAGAGCGGCUGUAUCCGCCGAGUUCGCGCAAGGCAUAGGAUCCGUGGCAACAAAGCCGCCGGACAUGCAGGCCGACUACCUGGCAACCAAACAGAGUGCCUCGUUCGCCAAGUUGAGCGAGCUCGAACUGGAAGAGCUACGCUUACGAGAGGCAAUGCUGCUUGAUACCACCCCUUUUGAUCGUCCACGAACGCUCGAGACUCUUGCCGACUUUGUGCGUUUAUGCCUGCCGACCACCGCCAGAAGCGUCAACGAUGCCAAACACCCCUCCGUCAGCUCACCGGGACGUCCAGCACUCAUCAUGCUGACGGGAAAUGCACAGCGCGCUGCUGAUCUUGCACGAAGCCUGCGUUCUGUUGGACCGCAGCUACCGAAUUCGGCAGAAGCUUCUAACGCCGAACAUCGAUCUGCGGCAUCCGCAAAACGACGCAAAUUCGACAAGGACAAUAAGGCUCCAGCAAGCCAGAAGGAGGGAAAAGCCGUCAUCAAAGAUAGCAACACCAAGGAGCUUUUGGGUGGAUUCUCUGUUGCUAAGCUAUUCGCACGCCACUUCAAGCUCAAGGAGCACGAGGCGUGGCUGCGCGAACACACUACCCCGCUUGCUGCUGGGACACCGCAGCGAGUUGCAGCGCUAAUUGCGUCGGGCAGUUUACAGCUUGACUCGCUUCAGGCUAUCGUGAUUGACCAGACGUGGGUAGAUGCGAAGCAGCGCAACGUCUUUGACAGCUUCGAGACACGAGACGAGCUGAUCAAGCUGUUGGCGCUCGAUGCAGUGAUGGCUUCGUUGAAAAGGUCCAAGGCACCAGCGAAAUUGGUCCUCUUCUGA